ACUACAACCUCAACGCAUCGAGUGUCCACAGCAAGGCCAGCUAACCAGCUGGGCAAAGUACCGUUAAUGUCCGAACAGCCUACUAUGGCAGAUUUGCAUAAACCAUCAUCGAAUGAGUUUGUCUCCAUUGCGGAUAUGAUUCUUCGUCAAGCCAAUACCGUAGCCCAUGCAAACAGUUUGGGAAAUGCCAACGUAGAUAAUUUGUUUGAUCUGUUAUCGGCUACAAACAAGAACAUGGUGAACUAUGUGGAUGAAACAGCUACAGUUGCAUCUAUUUUAAGCCAUGCACCUUUGAAAAAGACUCAACCAAUUAAUGCCGAAACAUCAGAAGAUGAUGUGUUUCAGUCAUUCCUAUCGAUCACUAACAAUCUCAAACAAGAAAUUCUUUCGGCUUCAACGGAAGAGGCUGCAAAUAGAAUCACUAAUGAUCUUUUCCAAAAACUUGGCGAAUCUGAAGCACGCAGAAAUACAUCAUCAACUGAUCAACUGAGUUCCACCGAUAUGUUGUUGAAUAGUGAAAAUGAGGAAGAUUAUCUUGAGGAAUCUAACGAAAAUGAUCCGGAUGAAACUAAGGAAUUGAACAAUUUUUUCAAACUUUGUAAUAAAAUCGGUAUGGACAUGUACAGAUCAAUAAGAUCGAUUGCAGAGUUUCAACAGUCGAAAAGUUUUGUAUUUUCUCCAUUUUCUGCAAUAUCUCUACUAUCCAUGCUUUAUUUGGGAGCGAGGGGUAAAACAGCUGACAAAAUUAAUAAACUUAUCGGACUGGAUGAAAUGACCUCUUUCAACCCUCAUUUGACGUUCAAGACUAUUUCUCAAGCCAUAGAGGAUGAAAAUACAAACUCCUAUUUCGUGCGAAUGCUGUUCAGUGAUGAAAAUCGGGGGAAAUUGCAGAAUUUUUUCAAAACUAAGGUAACACAGUUGUAUUCAGGAUAUGCAGAAGAGAUCUCAUUCGAUGACAGAAAUAUGAUAACGAAUCGAAUUAACAUCCUGGUAAACAAUUCUACGCAAGGUGCCCAACCUAAAUUUCUGGAGGAAUUUGAAAUACAAGCUGCACCGCCACUAUGUGUGAUUUCCGCCAAUUCUUUUGAG